AGCGACUCUCCCCAGGUUGCCAAUGCCUGGACGGGACGCUAAGGCCCACCCCCAGGAAGUGACGCCGCGAGUGCCCUUGACUGGCCGGGAGGGCCGGGCUCUGCGUCGCUCGCUCGCGCGGCCGGGAGAUGGCUCAACGUCUGCUCCUGCGGAGGUGUCUGGCCUCCCUUCUCUCCCCGAAGCCCUCCCAUGGCCGCUUAGCACCCCUCGCUCCCAGGGCCUCGCAGGCCCCGCGGCACCUUCCCGACAGCCUGGCGGUGGGGCCCGGCCCCGCCCGGUCCCUAUUCACCACCCGAGCCUGCCCGACAACCUUCAACAUCCAGGAUGGACCUGACUUUCAGGACCGCGUAGUCAACAGUGAGACCCCCGUGGUGGUCGAUUUCCAUGCACAGUGGUGUGGCCCCUGUAAGAUCCUGGGCCCGCGGCUGGAGAAGAUGGUGGCCAAGCUUCGGGGGAAGGUGGUGAUGGCCAAGGUGGACAUUGAUGACCACACGGACCUCGCCCUGGAGUAUGAGGUGUCCGCCGUGCCCACCGUGCUGGCCAUCAAGAACGGAGACGUGGUGGACAAGUUUGUGGGCAUCAAGGACGAGGACCAGCUGGAGGUCUUCCUGAAGAAGCUCAUCGACUGACGGCAGGGGAGCCGCACCGCGCCCCCCAGGAGGGGCGGGGGGCGGGGCCUGCGAGGACUCCGCCCUGUCGGCCCACCGGCCCCGCCCCCGUCCAGUGACCGAGGUGACCCAGAGCCUUCCAGCCGGCCCGGCUCGGUGCUGCCACUGGCCCUGGGGCGAUGUCUUCCAGCCGCCCUGAUGCCCCAGGCCUGGCGCCUUCUCCCUGCUGACCAGCCAUGCAGCCCCCCCCCCCCCAUUUCCCCUGGAAACCCACCCCCUACUCCCCCGGGCCGGCUCAGAGACCUCUUGCCAUUCUUCUUUCCUGCUGCUGUUUUGUAAAAAAAAAAAAUUCAAAACAAAAACACCCCAACCAGCAAGAGGAAUAGACGAUUCUCACCUUUUCUGUAGAUGUGUAAUAAAGAACUUUCUGGGAGCCCCUUUUUCUACCUUCCGCUGUGAAGGGCAGAUUCGGGGCACCCACACUCAGUGACACCUCACUGCUCCCAUGCCUGUAACACCUGUGUCCCGCUGCGCCCCCAUUUCCUGCGGGGCCGGCCCCGCCCCCGCGCCGCGCCGAUUGGCUGGUUCAGGAAGCAGGAGGCGGCGCUGUAUCCGCGCGGGCCAAUAAAAGGGGUUUGCACUGA